UUUUCAACACUCAUGGAUGUCACACGACAGGUAGCGUCUCACAGGAACUGUCACCUUCCCCUUCGCUUGCCGCUCGCACUCUGAACCUCUUGUGCAAUCAGUGAGGGCGACGGGACCUCUGAACAAAGAAAGGACAGCUCAUCCCACUUCGCAGAAGGCGCGGAACAAGUUUGUUUUAGCUUUCGCAUAUCCCGACAUCGGGCUCCAGGGCUGCAGGAUAUUUGGGGCUUAUCCCUAUAUAGACCCCUGCUUCUCCUCCUGCCCUGCAAAAGGGAGGCUGACAACACGCAGGCGGGAUGCGAUGACAGUUGCGCUCUCUCAGCGAGCAAGCAAGUUGAAAUUCCCUGUAUUGGAGGACAUUGCGUUAUGACAGUAUAGUCCCCCCGCUCUGUGGCAUGCUUUUUGGAAACGCGCACACCUGGAUGUUUGUUCUACUUCGUCUCAUUGGAUUUUCAGUUUCCUUCUUCAAAAACGUGAUUAGUUCAAAGGGUUUCUACUCUCAACUGCUGCAGUAUUUCAAGACUUGACAGUGAAUUUCAAAACAAAAUUGUGUGGCUUCUUGGUGCCUCGCAAUCUGAAUAAGCCGUCAAGGCAUUCACAUUAACUUUUUCCAAGACUUUGCAAGGCAUCGCAAGACUGUGGCUUUGAUCUUGUGAAUUGUGAAGACUCCACUGUGUGUGUGUGUGGAACAUUAACACGAACUCAAAUCUAGAGUUUCCAUGGCGACUAAAGGAUGGAUUCUGAAAGUGCUAUUUUUCAUCGUACAGAUGGCGCUUUGCUCAGGAAACGCCAAGGUACAAGUUCGAUUCGACAAAUACAGCAACCCAAAUGAGUUCAAGGAAGACGGCCACUGCUGUGAUGGAGAGCUGAGGGGUAUUAACUGCACUGGGCACGUGUGACUACAGCGCUCGGGUGUGUCUGGGGUCAAGUGACGAGACCCCAUGCGACCUGCUUUCCGUUGACACCGGAGCCUUCGAAUUGUCCGGCAAUGGUGACGUCAAAUUUGUGUCUGGACGACCCAAUCCGGUGCUUUUUGACCUCCCAACGUGGACGGGUUCCGUGUUCAUUACUCUGCAAAUCCUGGACCUGGACACCAGUGCCUCAGAGAAUGUGGAUAAGUUCAGCUUCUGGUAUAGUCUCCAGUCUCCCGUGCGCAACCGUCUAGCUGGACCCUCCGACUACACGAACCACACACUCAUUGGGCAGCGGAAGGUAGAACCCACCAGCCUGUCCGUCAGCGUGAAUGUCAUGUGUGACCGCUUCUAUUACUCGGACAACUGCUCCGUCAACUGCGUUUCUUCCGACGACUGCAACGGCCACUACGACUGCGACACCACCACGGGAGAGCGCACUUGUCUCCAGGGCUGGGGUGGCAGUGCCUGCAGUGUCCAGCUGUCCACCGACCAUGGAUGCAACAAAGAUCAGGUGUGCUAUCACGGCUCUACCUGCGUUCCUUACGACAACAAACAAUUCUACUACUGCUGCUGCGCCGCGGGGUACACGGGUAUCAACUGUGAGACGGACGUGGACGAGUGUGCGUCACAGCCCUGUCACAAUGGCGGCAACUGCUCUCAAGGAGACCCCGGCAAAUAUGAGUGUCAGUGCCCUCUCAGGUACAAGGGACGUAACUGUGAAGAGAGUAAGACAUGUGCCGAUAACCCAUGCCUCAACAACGGUAACUGUAGCCCUAUACGGGUAGCCACGACGGAAACAUUCUAUUGCAGCUGUCCCCCGGGUUUUACGGGUGGUCUAUGCGAGUCUGUCAUUACCACCACCACCAUCCCUACAACUACAACUACCACACCAACGACCACUUCUACUCCUUCCACAACUACUUCAUUGACAUCUACAAUGUCAACACCAGCUGUGUGUAGUGAGGAUUUGUACGGCCCCGAACUGCAGCGUGUUUUGCAGGGUAGGAACGACUGCACCGGACAUUACUCGUGCAACCGACUGACGGGACUCAUGGAGUGUCUGCCAGGAUGGCGCGGGGCUAACUGUAGUUCCAAGACACAGCCCGACCCAGGGUGCCAGUGUCAGAACGGCGGAGAAUGCUUCUUGGACACCUGUUGUUGUCCGGACAACUUCACGGGCCUGUUGUGCCAAACGCCGGUCUCCUAUUGUCGGGCCGGGAGGUGCUUGAAUGGAGGAACUUGCUACGAAGAAGCUUCUGGUUUUCAGUGCGCAUGCGCUGCCGGGUUCACGGGGGAGCGGUGUGAGAAGGCUGUCUGCCCGAUGGAUUUCUUCGGUCCCUCGUGCGCUGUGUAUUGUAAGGAGGAAGACAGCUGCGAAACAGGGCAGUACACGUGCCACCCGGACACCGGGGCUCGCGUCUGUCGCUUCGGUUGGAGGGGUCAGCAGUGCAGUGAGCGUGACCCCGCUGCGCAACACGAAGUUGCGUGUCCCAACAGCGAAUGUCGCAACAACGGAAUUUGCGCUAACAACACCUGCUGCUGCCGGCCAGGAUUCACCGGGUCCUUGUGCCACAUCGAGAUCCUGGAGUGCGCCAGCUCCCCUUGUCAAAAUGGGGCCCGGUGCCAUGACCUCAUCGCGGACUACCGCUGCGAGUGUAGGAGAGGCUUUGCCGGCAAGAACUGCGAGAGCAGGGUGGAACCAACCCCAAGCGACGUCACUUCUCCCGUUUUUGACCCUUGCUACGGAGUAACCUGCUUUAACAAAGGAACAUGCGUCAACAACGGCACCGCCGAGUCCAUCUGUCUUUGUCUCGAAGGCUUCUCCGGAAAGUUUUGCCAGGAUGUCGUUUCUCACAUGACGUCUACACAAAAUCCUCUUCUGCCUCCCUGCCAGAAGAACUACUACGGGCCAGACUGCACUACCUUCUGCAAGGAAGAGCACUCUUGCGACAUGGGACACUACUAUUGCGAUCCCCAGUCCGGGGCUAAGAUAUGCCGCAACGGCUGGAGUGGACCGCAGUGUCUGACCAGGAUAGUCGCUCACGAGAAUGACCCCGAGUGCCCUAAAGGUAUCCCCUGCUUAAAUGAAGGAUCAUGUUCCAAUGGAACUUGCUGUUGUCGUCAAGGAUUUUCCGGUACAUACUGCGAGGUUGAGGAGCUGCACUGUGCUCGAUCUCCCUGUCUGAACGGACGAUGCCAGGACCUGCAGAAUGGAUACAAGUGUGAAUGUAACCAAGGCUACGACGGAAUCCACUGUGAGAACUUUACGGAGAUUAGCAAUACGACUACAGUGCCUUCACUUGCUACUGAUGCUAAUGUUAAAGAAACGAUAGAUGUGCGUUCUACACCAAACACAAGUCCAGGAAUAGAAACCAACCCUGGUUCCAAGUUCUGUCCAGUUAUAGAGACAACUUCUAGCGCAGGAGUGGAUACAUCUGGUCCAGGUUCGAGCUCAGAAAAGGAAACACGUUCUGUACCAGACACUCAGACAAGUCCUAGCUCUGGCCUAAUAAUGGCGACGAGUUCUGGUUCAAGUUCAAGUUCAGGAAUAGAAACAAGUUCCUCGUCAAAAAUAGAGACAACAUCCAUACCAGGAAUAGAGACAAGCUCCAAACCAAGAACCGAAUUAAGUCCCACAACAGAAAAUGAAACAAGUUCCACAGCAGGAAUAGUGACUAGUUCCACAUCAGGAACUGAAACAAGUUCCACACCAGGAAUUGAAACAAGUUCCACAUCAGGAAUUGAAGCAAAUUCCACAGCAGGAAUAGUGACUAUUUUCACAUCAGGAAUUGAAACAAGUUCCACAUCAGGAAUUGAAACAAGUUCCACAUCAGGAAUUGAAACAAAUUCCACAGCAGGAAUCGAGACCAGCUCGGGCGCAAGUUUCAGCCCAGGAUUGGAGACAGGAUCAAGUUAUGGCCCAGGAAUAGAAACUACUUCUGCCCAAGGAGCAGAAAAUAGUUCUAUUCUAGUUUCUGGUUCAGAAGUUACGCAAGAAAUGGCAUCAGUGACGUCAGUUCCGGCUGUAACAUGUGGCUCGAAAAUCUGUUAUAAUGGAGGGACUUGCUUUUCAUUCUCCAACGGAAUUCAUAUAUGCUUAUGCCAAUCUGGCUUCGAAGGUGAUCAGUGCGAGGUGGUCACUGGUCUGGAAACGUCAUCUACAACUAGGGGAGUCACAAAAAGAACAACUGAAAAUGCGUUUUUGUCGUCAUCGGCUUCGACUUCAACUGAAGCCACCACGGAGAAAACUGGGAUCUUAAUCGGCAUGAACAUUAGCACAGAGAGAUCCUGGGCUCAGGGCGUCACUGAGCUAGCUUCCCCUUCAACCGUUGACGCCAGUUCAAGGAGUGAUCCAGGGACGCCGGAAACUACCGUUGUCACGGAAACAACUAGUUCGAAUGAUUCAGCAGCGUCUUCAGUAACACAGAAUAGUUCCUCUACAGAGCAAACUACUGCCACGGUUAGUUCAGACAACAGUUUGAUGACACAGCCAGGUGGGGAUCACCUUGCCACCACUAGCACUUACGACAAAAACACAAGUGGAGGGGAGUACAACUCGACCAGAGACAUUUUUGGAGUAGAUACAAGUGAGGCAUUAAACAACGCCACUGUGCCUCCAUACACAUCUGGAACCAGCGCCAGUGAGAAUGUGUUUCAGGCAUCUACAAGUACCACCAAGCCUGGGUAUGACUCAUCUCCAGGCAUAGAUGCUACCACCUCAAACGGUACAGUUACCGAUUCUGCUUCUUCUGGCUACCCGAGCAGUCCAGAUGGCUUCCGUUCAACGCUGUCAGCAAGAGACACAGGUCUACCUGUCAACGCAACCAGCAAAGACUCGUCAGUAAGUCCACAAACAACUGCACUGACAACCAGCUCUGAGAACGAAACAAUGAUCGUGACACGCAACAUCACAGGAGGGGUCAGUGACGCUCCAGACUUGACAUCAGACCGUCUGCCUUCAGAAAGUAAUUUUGUCCACGGGCAGACAACAUCGGAUUACAUAGAUGCCCGUACAUCAGGCGGGACAAACGAGACCACAACUGCAGUGGGAGGAGACACUACGGUCCACCCUGCUAGUACAGUUAAGAGAACAACGGACGAAAAUUAUCAUAACGAUGGCGAUGGCGAUGGCGAAGACACAACUCACAACGACUACACAGGAGAUUGGUUUUCCGCUGAUGACCAUUCUGUCCCUUCGUCAACGUGGCCGUCACUACCUCUCGAAACCCCUGCUCCCGAAACCCCUGCUCCCGAAACCACCGCUCAGCCGACCACCGCUCCCCAAACCUCCGCUCAGCCGACCACCGAAGAGACCAACUUGGCACCAGGCACCUUUGUGAACCCAAUUGAACUCUUUUUGAUAGGGACAGUGAAACCUGUCGAUGAGAGCUCCCUGAUAAACAUCGUGGAGACGGUGCUGAAUCAGACGUAUAACGACGUUGACUGUUGUGUGGGAACCAAAAAACUCACUUCAAGAAAGUACAUCGGUCCUGAUGGCCUCAUGGUUCAGAUGUUCAACAUCGUGUACGUGUCUAUAAACUAUAUGGAACCCCGUUUGCCUCGCGACCAAGUUCUUACAAGGAUUAAUCAAGAUUUGGAGACGACUCCUCCCUUCAGUAGCACUGGUAUCCGUGUGUAUACUGGACCGCAAAACGCGCUUUAUCCAUUGGAAAAUAAAUACGAAAUAGAAGUCGUCGGCGAUUUGCACAUCGAACAGCUGACGAAUAUCACACUGGAGAUAGCUGCUGUCUGGAGGACCCAAACUCCGGAUUGUCAGUGUAAAUAUGAAGUUAUCUUUCUGAUUGCCAAGAGCUACAUCGGGGAUUAUGGGACGAAGUUGACACGUUUGGUGUACUUCAUAAAUAAAGAUGGCAAAGAAGUGUCUUCACUGCAAACUAAGCCUCCAUCUAUAGAGACUUAUAACUCCGUGUUGGAUAACCAGAAAGACUCCUUCAAACCUGUAUACGAGGGAAAUGCCAGCGUGCCCUUUGACCGUCACUACACCCUCUACCUCAACGUGCAGCUGAAGAUGGUGACGGACGCGGGAGUUACACUUCUGGAGAAGUUACAAGAAAUAUGGCUGCUAUACUUAAAGGACAAAGUUGAUAUGUGUUCCCCUCAGAAGUGCACUGUAAGUGUCCGGUACACCAGACCUGAGUUAUUCCUCACGGAAAGUGGCUAUGUCAUCAACAGUCUGGAUUACUUUGUCAUUCUCGACGGAAGCCCCGUGGACCCCACCAAGGUGGCAGGACCGACACCAGACGACUUUGAGAACGCCGGAGUACCGCUGUGUCGUUGCGUGGCAACGCCUCUUCCUUAUGAUGAUGCUUUGGGGUCGCUGACGUGGUCAGAAAUCAACUCUUAUGUCAAUGACUUAAACAAACAUGAAAAUGGCUCAGCCAUUGCUGUCUCCCGGCAAAGCUUUCUCGACAGUAGUGGGAAUGAAGCUACUCGAUUUUAUUAUGCAAGCAUCAAUGAUUCCAAGAGUGGGUCUCCACCUUUGCAUGAUUUGAUGAAUAAAAUCACCGAACGGCACAAGGUGGUCCUUCCACAGCAGCCACUGCGGCGCCAGUUUACCCUGGUCUUGGAGGACGUGGUAACUGAAGGGGAAAGCAACUUUCUCCAAACCUACCUCAGAAAGGCCUGGGAGAUUGCAAACAACGGUGGCGAAGCAGGAGGAAUAUCGGCGACGAAAAGUACGACAACCGGUGACUGGAAAGAGUCCACACCUGAAGGUAUUCCGGGUACAGCCUUGUUCAUCAAAAUCACAAGUGUUGAUUCAUCGUACCUGGCGGACAACAAGAGCAUCACAGUGACAGUCGUCAAGUACACCGUCAACGUCGUGAAGGCGGAUUCCAGCAUCACGAUUGCGGAGGAGCCAUCGAAAGUCAGUCUCCUCCAGGGAUUCCAAGGAUCCUCUUACAUCAUCUGCGCAUGCGUGCCUCUCAAACCAAGGGAGAUAAUCACUUCGAAAGCAGUCAAUCCUGACAACACCUCCAGCAUUAUAUCGUCGAUAGAGAAGGCUUGGAAAAAGGAAAACCCAAAUUUUACCGGUAGCUUCACUUUCAACAUCCGAGAUCUUUACGUCAAUCAUACAGGAACAGACGGAAUACUGUUAUUGUCAGCCCAAGAACUAAAAGCAAGGAACGCCUUCGCACUUUGCCCUUUGAUCCCGUGGGGUCAGUGCGAUCUUUUAAAAACAUCACCCGCAUCAUCUACACUGUUCUUCCGAACGCAAGUUCUCCGCGCGUUCGGUUUCAGUGAUCUGGACUUGCAGGAGCCUUCAAACAAAACCAUUAAAGAAAUCUUUGGCGAAGAGCCUGAAGUCAAGACACAGCCCCCAUCAUCAUCAAAACAGUUUCCAUGGUGGAUUCCAGUUGGUAUCGUUCUUGGCCUCCUUCUACUCAUCAUCAUCAUUCUGAUCUUCUUAUGCAUCAUCAGAGACUUGAGGCGGCGGGAGUCCAGAAACAUCAAACAGAAGCCGGAGCACAUCAACGGCUAUGACCGCGAACACUUCUCCUCAGAACCUGCGUUCGACAACCCGUCCUUUGCAGUGGACGACCCAGACCUGAAUGAUAGCAAAAGUAGCACUUAUUUCGUCAACGUGGUCCCUGACCAGCCCCCACAACCGAAUGACACGUAGACCUGUCCUGUACACGUCAUCGGUCACCAGAACCUUUAGCGUCCUACGUCCUGGUCACCACCGAGUCGGCGGAAAGAAGAACCUUUGGCUGGCUUCCCCUGCUACUGUUCUUCACAAAAUGAUGCUAAAAACAAUUUGAGGUUUUGUGGAGACAAGGUUCAUGGGUGUCGACGUAAAUAAAUGUAGGAUUGCAGCCAUGCAAUAUUGAAGAGUGAUUAGAUAGUGGACAGAGAUGUGCAGAGCUUUCUGUUCUACUGCCAUAGCGCUGGUAGUGGACUCUGCAUAGAAUAGGCCCAGUAGUUAGAUACUAACUCAGAUUAUCCAACAAUUUUUUGCUUGUUCUGUUUAACUAACUUUGUUUUUCUAAUUUGUUUGUUGGUUUGUUUAUUUAUUUGCUAUUUUGAAGUUGUGCAGCAAACGAGAACAUUUGAAGAGAAACGUAUAAACAUUUAUUAUAGGUUUGAUUUGUUUUUAAAUUCCAAUUUUAAAGCAACCACCGCAUUAAAAGGUAAACAACACAUCAUUAGAGACUAAUUAUUAAGAUAGGUCAAAGUUUAAUGUGAAGUAUGAGCUAUUUUUAACGGCCUCUUGUUGUUGUAUUUUGACUGUUGUUGACGAUACGCAGCUGAUAUGGUGACAUAAACACUCCCUGACACACCCAGUGACGCAGACUUCUUAUUUACCUAUAUAUAUAUACAAAGCCGUGAUAUUUAUCAUUCCGUUUGAUUAUACAAAUAAAACCUUGUUAGUUUACAUGUUCUUAAUAUGUUUGUGAUUGUCUUAAGUGGACAAAAACAUUUUUCAAGGCAAUAGUCUUCCAUUCGUCAAUACUUUCAUUAUUUGCUUAGGCAGCAUCAAAAAUAUAUUUCCUAAAUAUUUUUAUCAUUUAAUUAGGAUACUGAACAAUCUAAUUGAUGUACAUCGUAAUUAAAGCAUCUUUGAUGUUAGGUAAUAAACUGUAAGCAAUUAUGAACAGCAACAAGAAGUGUUAUUACAACAUUAAUUUGUAUUGUUGAAGAAAAGUUGUGAUGUCGUUUAUUAUAGUCAGUAGGUGAUAAUAAUCCAGUAUGUUCAGUAUUGUCAGCAUGUGUAUUAUUAAGAUGAAAACUUUUCAAAGCAUUAAUGUGAUUCAUUGUAUGUCAUAAAAUAUUGCCGCUAGAUUUGAUAAUUGUAAUACCCAAUCAUGUAUUUACCCAGAUUAUCCGCUGGGGCAAUGGAUUUGACUGCUUUAGAUGCAUUUUAUUUACGAAGGUCUUGACUUUAUUCAUAUGAACAAAGCACAUCAUAUCAGAGGACAGAUCUUCAUUCAUCCUUCCUUAGCUUUUAUUUCUCCGCCGGCGCAAACGUGUUCCCCUAUGUAUAAUGAGCCAAAGAAAUCCAUGUGAAAAGCAAAUCUUUAGGUUUUGUAUGAUUUAAUUAGUCUUCAUCGCUUGUUGAUUGCUGAUAAAGUCAUCAGCGCGCAGACUGUGUAUGGUUCUCACUUGUUCUCUCAGCACAAUGAGUUUUGGAAAAGAUAGUGACGUCAUAACCGGUGCUUGCUUUCUGUGUUCAGCUCAGAAUUCUAAUAAUAGACUACUCUGCCGUGCAUAAAUAAAUAAGUAAAUAAAUCUGUCAGACGAACUAAAAACUAAACUCAACUCAUAAUGUGAAAUGUAGCGAGGUCAGUGAUGAAGUGAGUUAGAGAAAUGUUAUUAUAACACAAAUGUCUUUUACAAGGUCUCAUUAUGAAAAUGAAUUUAGAAUCACGAUGAAUCUUUGCUCUAGAUGGCUGCCAGCAAAUAUCCUGGACUGUAACUAUCAUUACUCCAUACAAUUAAUUCCAGGAACCAAAGUCAAAAAAUAUAUAUCAGAAACAUGCUGACCUUUGAACCUUGUGAACAGAAGCUCGCAAUGACGUAGGAUCCAAAAGUUAUGGUCGUUCAGUUCUGUCACAUAAACUGAAAGUUUUCUUUUUUUUCUCUCUCGCAUUUACAGGCACCGUGGAGCGAAGACACUUCAAAACAAUCCAGCGCGAUUCAAUAAGCGAAAUUUCGAUAGACAGCAUUUUGUGGCGGAGCCGGUACAGUACGAGAACGAAGCGUUUGAGAAAGCCGGCGGUUACGUCGUCAACCCCGAAUAAGACGAUAGAGUCGUGACGUAAUGUAAUACUUACUGUCUGUGUUAACGUUCGCCAUCUUCACAAAUCCGUUUAAUGUAUUUAACACUUAACUUGUUUUCUUUAUGUCCACGUCGUUUAAAUUUGAGAUAUAAUUAUUAUGUUGUGUUUUUUAAUUAAUACAAGCAGUGCAGACUGUGGUUGUCAAUAAGAAUAAUUUCAUUGGAUUUCAUUUAAUUGUGUGCUGUGAUGUGACAGCAUUAAGCAUUUGUGAUGACUUCAGCUGACUUGUUUUGUAUCUACCUUGAUACGUCCAGAUUGCCCGGAUGAUUGCCAGAUGUUUCUAUGCAUUGCUUAUAAAGUUACAGCGUUUUUUUGUUCAUGGAUUUCAAUAAAGGUUGUUUUCUUUA